GCGGGUUGCUGCUUGGCUCGGGCAGUUUCGACUUCCUCGGAGGGGCGAGGUGGGAGGGGAGGAGGCGUGAGCACGAGGAAAGUGGAGAGAGAGGCUUCCGAUCUCGAUUACCCCGAUCGCUGAAUCGCGAACCCGAUUCGAUCCCACCCGACGCCAUAAAUCUGAUUCCACCCUCCCAACUCGGGCCGCUCGCUUUGUCCCCUAAUCAAUCGAUCGGCUUUGGGGAUUUUUUUGGGGGGCGAUUUUUGGGGUCCCGAUCGGAUCGGGUUUUGAGUUGUUUGGGAGCGAUGCGAAUCGAGGAGCUUCCGGGCGAUUCGGGUGGAGGAGGUGGGGGAGAGGUUGGGGAGGAGAAGCUGCCGCAGCUACGUCGCGAGGAUGGCGCCGCGGCAGUGGAGGAGGGCGAGGGUGGGGUGGUGAUGCGGGUGGCUGUCGACGCGAAGCGCGCGGCGGUGGGCGUCGGCGCGCGGUUGCUGUUCUACCCGACGCUUUGUUACAACGUCGUGAGGAACCGGCUCGAGGCGCACUUCCACUGGUGGGAUCAGGUCGACGAGCAUGUUCUGCUGGGCGCUGUUCCAUUCCCCAGCGAUGUUCUCAGGCUGAAGGAGCUCGGAGUUUGCGGUGUGGUGACACUUAACGAGUCAUACGAGAGGCUUGUUCCCAAAUCGCUAUAUGAGGCUCAUGGAAUCGACAACCUGGUGCUACCAACAAGAGAUUACCUUUAUGCGCCUUCGUUUGUGAACCUCUGCGAAGCUGCUGACUUCGUCCACAGGAAUGCUUCAUGUGGGAAAUUGACCUAUGUACACUGCAAAGCUGGACGUGGACGUAGCACUACAGUUGUUCUUUGCUACUUGGUGCAAUAUAAAAAUAUGACACCUGCCGAAGCAUAUGAACAUGUCCGUUUGCGUCGGCCUAGGGUAUUAUUAGCUUGUGCACAGUGGCAAGCUGUGCAAGAAUUCUACCAGCUUAGAGUGAAGAAAACUGGGGGGUUGAAUUGCCCAGCUAGUUGCCCGGGCAACACUCUCAUGAAGCCACAGUUGUUCCUUGCCACUCGCAAUCUAUUUACUUUUGAUGACAACACAUUCGUGGUGGUUUCAGAGUCAGACCUUGAAGGGUAUAAUGCAGAUGCGUUGGCAGUUACUAUGGGUAGUGGGUUGUGGGAAAUAAGUUUAGUAUAUCGGGUUCAGUUUGCCAGCAAGGCAGCUCUAGCAGGGUUCUCGUAUUUGUGGUUUCGUUGCCGCGCUCACAACAAGGAGGUGCUUCCCGAGAAUGUGGGGGGAGAGAGUUGCUCUCGUGAGGCAGAGCAGCAUGCAACCAGUCAUCCCUCUUUACUGCGAAGUGUCGUGGUUAAUCCAUGAUGUUUGACUUUUGUUCUGUAUUUUGGUCUGUAUCUGUAAAUAGUAACGAGGAGAAUAUGCAAUAUGAAUCUGUAACUCGUGUCCGCUGCAACCAAAGAGUGCAGUUGUAUAUAUGUCAUGUAAUAAGUUGACCUUUAUGUGCACAUAGGUAAAUGAAAGGUGGUUCAACUUGCUGACAA